AGGUUAAUCAAUUCGCUUGAUUUCGAUGUUGUCGUCUUUGACACAGCUCCAACCGGACAUACACUCCGUCUGCUUCAGUUCCCCGUUAUUCUUGAGAAGGCGUUCACGAAAAUCCUAUCACUUCAGUCCUCCUUCGCUCCGAUGUUGGGACAGCUGUCUGGCUUGCUUGGAAUGGGCGAAUUAUCUAUGGAUGAUACAUUAAGAAAAUUCAAUGAAACGUUAGAUCAGGUCAAGCGAAUGAACGUCGAGUUCAAGAAUCCUGAUCUCACUACAUUUGUUUGUGUAUGUAUUGCGGAAUUUUUGUCUCUGUAUGAGACAGAACGUCUCAUUCAAGAGCUCACGAAACAGGGUAUCGACACACAUAAUAUAAUUGUGAAUCAGCUGUUGUUCCCGGAUACCGUUGACGGUUGCGUUCAAUGCAAAAAAUGUCAGGCACGAUUUCGAAUACAGUCGAAAUAUCUUGAACAG